GUAAGCCAGCAACUGUGCCUGCUUUUCAGACAGAGCCAUCAGAGAGACACAGUAGCAAUGCGUGAUGCCAUUACCCACCUGGCACAGAAGAAACAAGAGGCUAGGAGGGCAGUUGCCAAAUCUCAGCCAGCCGCAGAAAGCAGCAGCGAAGAAGAAGAAGAAGCAGAAGAAGAGGCCAUGGACUGCAGUGCUGGUUCUAGCAUGAACGGAAUACAAAGUGACCCAUCUCCACUGUCAGAUAAGACCACUGAAGAUGGAUGGAUGUUGGUGACAAGGAAAAAGAAAUGAAGGGGGAAACCUAUGGCAAACCUGGACAGAUGCAGCAGUGAACUCUUUGUGCUGCUAAGCUUUGAAUUUUUCUGUAGGACGCAUGAUAGGCUCCUCCCACCGAAGCCUGGGCGCAUUGGAAGCACUUUCUUGACUAUCUUUGCUCCUGACAACAGAGGCUGAAUGGAAUUCAACUAGGCCUAAAGUAUUUUUAAAUCUUUACAGUUUCUUCCCCCUCAAAAUUGGAAGAUGUUCUAACCUUCCUGGAGUUUGACAUGAACAUUGAACAACCAUGUAGGUUCUUGUGACAGAGGGAAGUCCUCUUGGUGUGUCGUGUUCCAUCGGUCAUCUUUUCAAGUCAUUGGAAAGGAGGCCACUAUUUCCCCUCCUUCCAGGAAGGCAAAAUCUCAACCAUCCUUAGAACGCAAAGAAAGGACUGCAUUCACUCUUACUUCAAAGGGGGGAAAAAAGAGCGUAACAGAAAAAAAUCUUGUAUUUAAAAAAAAAAAGAACAAUGAAAAACAAAAUACAACAAUGAAACGAAAAGUAAAAUGGACAAUACACAAAUCAUGAUGGUAGGACAUGGGAAGUUUUGGUCAAGAAAAGCUUCCCUUCCCCUAACCUUUGCAGUGGCCAGCCACUAUACAAGAGCAACAAUAAAAUAUUAUUUUGGUAAGAUUUUGUAUAUCCCUUAAUACUGAGGCCUUUUUUUUUUAAUAUAAAAAGUUACAUGCACUAGUUCUACACCACAGGAGGGCGAAGAUAAAAGAAUUCCAUGGGUACCAACAGCAACACCAGCAAACCUACAUAAAAAAUAAGGCAAGGAUUUGUUUUUGUUUCUUUUUAAAAUCCCACAUACACACACACAAUCUCCACUCAUUUGUAUGUUUGAAACAGUACCAGCAAAAAUAGGGAGGAAAGGAGAGGGAUACCUCAGGGAAUUUUAAGAACUUCCAAGAUAGUCCAAUAAGGCUCGAAAGAGAAGUCUAAAAUGUUAACCAUUUUAAGUGCAUUGUGUCAAGGAGAGGAAGCACCUGCAUUAUUUUCAAGGAAAGUACUUCAUCCGUUAUUGUAAUAACCACACUUUGUAUGGAAUCUCACGCACAUAUCUCCCAUUACCUAGAUCAGGAGUGAUCCAUGUUAAGCCAGCUGGGAACUUUACAUUAUUUGCCAGUGGAAUACUGUCAAGGACAGUAUUUUCCUGGGUAUUUGAUGCUGGAGACUGGCUGUUGAAAAACAGCAUGAAGUGUUUCUAAAAUUGCCAAUCAAUACAUAUCUCACUAAUAGUUUUCCAUUUUUUUUUUAGCAGUAUUAUGAAAACCAAAUAGCAAUAACACUUAGACUUAUAUGCCG